AGGACGGUUGUAUUUGAGGGUUGUUUUCUCCGUAUCCGUGUUGGAUCUCCACUUCUCUGCAUUUCCACAUCCACCUCUGCCAUCACGACACCAACGCACACAUCAUGGGCUUCUUCGACGCGGAUCUCAGCUACCCCACCGUGCGCACGGAGCGCAUGCGCCACAAGCGCCGCCGCCUGGUGCAGGGCCCCAACUCCUACUUCAUGGACGUGAGCUGCCCGCGCUGCAAGUGCGUGACGGUCGUGUACAGCCACGCCACGACUUCGGUGGAGUGCAGCAAGUGCUCAAAGAAGCUGUGCCGCCCGACCGGCGGUAAGGCGAUGCUCGUCGAGGGCUGCGGCUUCCGUCGCAAGCCGGACCACUAA